GGUUCAGAGCUUUUAAGGUGGUUCCGUAAGUUUGUAGUGUUACGUUACAUAUAAUUAGCACUUACUUAAUUACUUAUUGCACUUGAAAACUACAAACAAUGAACACGUAAUGCAAUUAAUGCGAUUAACCCUGUUCAAAGCAUCUUCAUCCACAUAGUAACACCAAAGCGUUUAUAUCAGGAGUAUAGGUUGAACCGGUUUUCUAAUGCGCGUGCAAAUGCGCAUUUGCAUUAUUUCUUACAUUGCUUGACAGUCUUGUUCCAGCAUCACCCGUCUACGCAUCAUGGAAGCGCCGGGUGUAGAAAAACAUCCCCCUUCGUACCAAGAUUACCGGUUUCCGCUCUCCGACCUGUAUCGGACAAUCGCCGAGCAGGAACUUCACGAAUCCGAUGAAAUACGAGAGCAGGCCCUGAAUCAAGUGCGUGAAUGGAUCGUGAAGAACCCUGCCAUCCGGCGGUGCCGAACGGAUGGGUCGUUUUUGUUGCGGUUCUUACGCGUAAGGAAGUUUAACCAUGUGGCAGCAUGCGAAAAUCUGGAGCGUUACCUGGUGUUGCGACAAAGGUUCGCCGGAUGGUUUCAGAAGCUGGAUGUCAGUGAAGCGUGGGUGGAUGAGAUGAUCGAUGACUGGCCAAUUCUACCGCUAGGGUACGACGAACGGGGGCGAUUGGUGAUCAUGAUCAAAAUGGGGAACUUCAAUGUGGAGCGGUUCAACAACGUGGAUCAAAUUCGGAUGAUGAUGAUGGUACUAGAGAGUUACUACGAGGAAGAGAAAAUGCAGGUGGCGGGGUGCGUGUUUGUGUUUGAGGAUACCGGGCUGACGAUGAGUCACGUGGCUCAGUGGUCGUUGACGGACAUAAAGAACUUUAUAGAUGCUGUGAACCAUACCAUUCCGAUGAGGAUCAAGGAGGUGCAUGCGGUGAAUUUACCGCGCUACGCAGUUGCCGUUGCGGAAUUGUGUUUGGGGUUUGCUAGUUCAAAACUGAAAACUCGAGUACAUUGUCAUCGUUCGAUGGAUUCUCUAACGAAAAUGGUGGCACAGUCAAUACUGCCCAAGGAAUACGGAGGUGAAGUUCCCUUAGCCGAAUUCAAGAUACAACUUCGGAAGCGGUUGACUGAGAGUCGUGACAUCAUUUUAGGGCUCGACCAAAUGGAAGUCGAUCAGUCAAAGUAUGGAUUAUUCGGGAAGGAUGCAGGAUCUUCUGCGAGUGAUGCUGGUGAUUCGGGAGAUACAUUUGGAGUUGUGGGAAGCUUCCGGAAGCUGAAUGUUGACUAAGUUUCAUUGGACAAAUUGACUGCAAUUGUUUAACAUUUUUGGCUCAGACUCGAUUAUCCGGAGUUGUUUUCUGAAAAUUUUGACUGAUUUCUAAAUAAUCAAAACAGGUUUAACAAAAAGUCAAAAUUUUAGCUUUAUGCUGUAUUUCAUUCACCAGGUUUUUGUUUGGGAAGCAUUAGAACACGA